GCCCAGCGGCCGGCGCCAUGUCAAAGAAAAAAGGACUAAGUGCAGAAGAAAAGAGAACCCGCAUGAUGGGAAUAUUUUUCGAGACGAAAGAUGUGUUUCAACUAAAAGACAUGGAGAAGAUUGCUCCCAAAGAAAAAGGCGUUACUGCCCUGUCAGUCAAAGACGGCCUCCAGAGCUUAGUUGAUGAUGGGCUGGUUGGCUGUGAGAGGAUUGGAACGUCGAGUUCCUACUGGGCUUUUCCUAGUAAAGCUCUUCACACGAGGAAACGCAAGGUGGAGGUUCCGGAAUCUCAGCUGUCUGAGGGAAACCAGAAGUGUGCAAACCUACAGAAACAUACUGAGAAAGCUAAAAUUGGCCGACAUGGGACGGAAGAUGGAGCCAGGAUAGCAAAAGAGCUUUCUUCGUUGCGGGAACAAAGGGACCAGCUAAAAGCAGAAGUGGAGAAAUACAAGGAAUGGGACCCACAAGUUGUGGAAGAACUACGUCAAGCAAAUAAAAUAGCCAGAGAAGCUGCUAACAGAUGCACUGAUAACAUAUUUGCAAUAAAAUCUUGGGCCAAAAGAAAAUUUGGAUUGGAAGAAAAUAAAAUUGAUAAAAAUUUUGGAAUCCCGGAAGACUUUGACUACGUAGACUGA